AUGCUAAUCCUUACCUGGUGGCCAUACCGCUUUCUCAGCACUCAACAACCACUUAUUAUUUCUGCUUGGAAUGAUCUUGCCGGGCCAGAUUGUGAUCGCCUCUCAACUUGGGCUGCAAAAUUCAAUAUAAUUCGAUUCACAGCCUUAAAAGUCACAUCUCAUAAAGGAUUACCACUUGCAUCAACCAUGUCUACUACAAUAAUUCAUGAGCCAAAUGGAGACAGAGCAGCUGCCCUUGCAGAAUGGGCAUUGCGCCACAGGGACACCCUGGCAGAUAGGCAAGCAAGAGUCUUAGAUGUAAGGAACACAUCAAAAGAAAGGCAGGUCAUGACAAUCUGUGCACUAAAGGAAAAAAAGGAUGUUAACACACUUCAAGACGAACGACAAUUCUUGAGAGUGGUUGUCCCCGAACCUAGCUUUGAAAAAUUGCACGCAUACCUUGGUUGCUCUAACUGCAACAAGCGAACCGAUGUGCCAGCAGGGGAGACACACACAUGCCUUAAUUAUGGACAGGAAAAUGUCAUCUCCAUCCCUAGGUAA